AUGUCAUUGCGUAGGCGAACAUUGCUCAAGGUCAUCGUUCUCGGCGACAGUGGGGUGGGUAAAACAUCAUUGAUGAAUCGAUAUGUACAUAAGAAAUUCAGUCAUCAGUAUAAGGCUACAAUUGGUGCUGAUUUUGUCACCAAGGAGCUUCAAAUUGACGACCGACUCGUCACUCUUCAAAUAUGGGACACUGCUGGGCAAGAGAGAUUUCAGAGCCUCGGGGUUGCAUUUUAUAGAGGGGCAGAUUGUUGUGUAUUGGUGUACGAUGUUAACGUAUUGAGGUCCUUUGAUACCCUGGACAAUUGGCAUGAAGAAUUUCUCAAACAGGCAAACCCAGUGGACCCCAAGACGUUCCCUUUUAUAUUACUAGGAAACAAAAUCGAUAUAGAUGGUGGAAAUAGCAGAGUGGUUUCUGAAAAGAAAGCAAGGGAAUGGUGUGCAUCAAAAGGGAACAUACCUUACUUUGAGACAUCGGCAAAAGAGGAUUACAAUGUUGAUGCUGCAUUUUUGUCUAUUGCGAAGACUGCUUUAGCCAACGAGCAUGAGCAGGACAUAUACUUCCAAGGGAUGCCUGAGGCUGUUCCUGAUGAACCACGAGGCGGUUGUGCAUGUUGA